AUGGGUGGCGAUGGAACUCCGACGGGAUUUGGGCCUCGAGCUCAUGGCUCACCGCUACGGCCUCCGCCUCCGCCUCGGCAUCUGUCUCCGCCUCGGCCUCGGCAUCUUUCUCUGCCUCGGCCUCCGACUUAUUCUCGGAGGCCGUCUUCACCUCCGCCUACAGAGUUGGUCCCUGCCCCAACUUCACCGGCACCCAUGCCGGAGUUUGUAUUCUCUGUUGAACCACCUCCGUCAUCCCCCGGGUCUCCAUCAAUCUGGCAAAUUGCAGGAUCAGUGAUUGGUUCGGUGGUGAUAUUGGUGCUGUUAGCAUGGCUUGGGAAGAAAAGGAGGACGGGAAAAAAGGACAGCGAAAGCGGAGAUCCAUCCAACCAAAUCGCGGUUAACAUGGCAAAACCAGUUUUAACUCAGUUGCAACUUGACCUUUAA